AUGGUUGGGAAGUCCCUGAUUGCUGGAGUGGUGGUCCUGGCAGCUGCAGUGAGCCUGUUUUUGGGAGUGAUGAUGGGACUGGGGAAGAGGAACACACCUGCACCAACUGACCACUUCUACUCCAAGGCAGCUGUGGCCGCAGACGCCGGGAAGUGCUCUGAGGUGGGAAGAGAUAUCUUGAAGAAAAAUGGUUCGGCAGUGGACGCCUCCAUUGCUGCCUUGUUGUGUGUAGGACUGCUCAAUGCUCAUAGUAUGGGGAUUGGAGGAGGACUAUUUUUUGUCAUCUACAAUGCAACAACUGGUAAAGUAGAAACCAUUGAUGCCAGAGAGACUGCUCCCAUGAAUGCCACCGAGGACAUGUUUGGAAACAACACUAAACUUUCCCGUACAGGAGGCUUGUCUAUAGCCAUCCCCGGUGAGAUCCGAGGUUAUGAAAUGGCCCACCGGAGACAUGGCAGGCUGCCUUGGAAGGAACUGUUUGAGCCCAGCAUUGCUUUGGCCCGGGAUGGGUUUCCGAUCGGGAAAGCCUUGGCUCACGCUCUGUUCAAAAGCAAAGAGUCUAUUCAAGCCAACGAGAACAUGUGUGAAGUAUUUUGUGAUUCUUCAAGGAAUGUCUUGAAAGAAAAUGACAUUGUUCGGUAUCCGAAGCUGGCAGAGACUUACCAAAGAAUAGCAGAGGAGGGUCCAGAUGUUUUCUACAAUGGGUCCAUGGCACAGAGCAUCGUGGAGGACAUCCAGGCUGCAGGUGGGAUUAUUACCCUGGAGGACUUGUCGGAGUACCAGCCUGUUCUGAAUGAGAGCCCUCUGCGUCUGAACGUGGGGGAGUACACCAUGCACGUCCCAGAUGCCCCCUCCAGCGGCCCAGUGCUCGGCCUCAUCCUCAACAUCGUGGACGGAUAUAACUUCACAGGCACCAGCGUUUCAACAGCUGAAGAAAAGACGCUGACAUAUCAUCGCAUAGUGGAAGCUUUUCGUUUUGCUUAUGCAAAAAGGAGCAGGCUUGGAGACCCGCGUUACCUUAACAUUACAGAUCUCAUUCAGAACAUGACCUCAGACUACUUUGCAGAUGGCAUUAGGAGUAGAAUAUCAGAUGACACCACACACCCGGAUAAUUAUUAUGAGCCAGACUACUUUGUCCCAGACAACCACGGGACAGCCCAUCUGUCCGUCAUAGCAGAGGAUGGGAGCGCUGUGGCAGCCACCAGCACAAUCAACUUAUAUUUUGGAUCCAAAGUAAUGUCUCGAACCACAGGAAUCAUUUUUAAUGACGAAAUGGACGACUUCAGCUCCCCUUACAUGACCAAUGGCUUUGGAAUACCCCCAUCACCAAACAACUUCAUCCAACCCGGCAAAAGACCACUAUCAUCCAUGUGUCCUACAAUAAUCUUUGACAAAGACAACAAAGUGAAAAUGGUUGUAGGAGCUUCAGGUGGUACAAAGAUCACCACAGCCACAGCCUUAGUUAUCCUAAAUUCAUUAUUUUUUGACUAUGACCUAAAAAAGGCAGUGACAGAACCAAGAGUUCACAAUCAGCUAAAUCCUAACAUGACAGUGGUAGAAGAGGGGUUUGAGGAGAGAGUCCUGGAGGGUCUGGCCCAGAAGAAUCAUGUGACAGAGAUGCUGGAGACCCCAGACUCAGUGGUGCAGGCCGUGGUGCGGCAGGGGGAGCAUCUGUGCGCUGAGUCCGACCCCAGGAAAGGAGGGUAUCCUGCUGGCUACUGA